AUGCUCUUCAAGUGUCCGAGAGAAGACUAUAACAUCGUCCAGGAAUACCAAAACCUCACUCAGGACGGCUCUCCCGGCUCCCUGCGGACUCUCGCUCAGCUUUAUUCGUGUUACUAUGGAACGUGUGUGAGCGACGUGAGCGAGAGGAUGGAGGAACUCCGCAGACGCAAAGUUCUGCAGCACUCUGAGAUGGUCAAAGUGGAGUCUCUUUCGUCCUCGCUGCUGCUUCGCUCUCAGAUCCAGGAGUCUCUGGGUCUCCAUAGUAACUCCUCGACCCCGGAGGUGCAGAGGAGGGUCAAAGGAACCAGGUCCCAGUCUGAGGGAGGCCCCCGAGGUAAAACUGAGGCCAGACCUGAGGCCAGACCUGAGGCCAGACCUGAGGCCAGACCUGAGGCCAGACCUGAGGUCAGACGCAGAUCUCUGUGGCACAGUUUCAGAAGAUCUCCAAAGGAAAAUGUGCGACUCACGAGCGCAGACGUGGGCUUCGUGGCGUCGGAGGUUACCAUGGGAGACGAGGAGCGGAUCCACCUGAUGCUGAUGGUGAAGGACCAUAUGAUCUCCAUCGAGGAGGCGCUGGCCCGGCUGAAGGAGUUUGAAAACCAGAACCAGGACCAGAACCAGAGCCAGAGCCGAGGAGUGACCUGCUGUGAGCGCCCUGUGAGUCCUGCAGCUGUUUGA